AGAAAAACCAUCAGCACUGUCACCAAGCCAGAGGGCCGGUCAGGCCGAAGGGCCCCUGCCAGGAGCAGAACCUGAUUGAUACAUCUGCCAACAGGACGGAACCGAUAGCACAGCACGAUGACGGGGCCAUCAACACCUAGUCAUAGGGUCGGGUGCAGCCAGCGCGACGACUACUUCCAGGCUCAGCAGAUGGCGAGUUCGGGUUGUGCUGGUUAUCCUGACAGGGUCGGGUGCAGCCAGUCUCUCGAUCUCAUCGUCGCAAGCCUUGCAGAGAAGUGAGAAGCAAUCCAGGGCUAGCUUUUGGGAGCAUCAUGUACCGGUUAUCCUGACAGGGUCGGGUGCAGCCGGCGAUGAUUACUUCCAGGCUUAGCAGAUGGCGAGUUCGGGUUGUGCUGGUUAUCCUGACAGGGUCGGGUGCAGCCAGUCUCUCGAUCUCAUCGUCGCAAGCCCUUGCAGAGAAGGAGAAGCAGUCCAGGGACCGUCGUGUACCGGUUAUCCUGACAGGGUCGGGUGCAGCCGGCGACGACUACUUCCAGGCUCAGCGGAUGAUGGCGAGUUCGGGUUGUGCUGGUCAUCCUGAUAGGGUCGGGUGCAGCCAGUCUCUCGAUCUCGUCGCCGUUGUGUGUAACAGUGUCCGGGGCAAGGGUGUUUGGGUGAGGGUGUUUAUGGGCUUGACUUCUGGGUUUUGUAUAUCGGGUUCGUCCUGUGCAGGUCUGAAAUCAGUAUCAAGAGUAGUCAACCAUGUCGAAUCCUUGUG